AUGUCCCAGCCAGAGACAUUGACUCUUGCCUCCAUUUGGGCCCUGUUCAAUCUCAGGAGCCUGUAUACCGUCGGUUAUGCUUGGCUUCUGGGCAUGUCAAUCUGGGUUACGUUCUUUGCGGGCCCCAUUGCCUACAGAGCCUUGCCCAGACACCAGUUUGGUGCCCUCCAGCAUCGUGUCUUCCCCAUCUACUUCGUUCAAAGCAUUGUCGCGUCCGCCGUGCUCCUCGUCCUCUGGGUACGCGCCCAUCCGGCUGUGUCGGCGCACCUCUCCCCGGCUGUCGCGGAUGUAGCGCAGACGUACACACUGUCGUCCGUUCUUGUCAUGCAGUCGGCGAACCAUUUUGUCGCGGGACCAUUGACGAGCAAAAUCAUGUUUGACAGGCACAAGCUAGAGAAAGCCGAGGGAAAGUCCUACAACGAGGAAGGCGUGUCCGACGCCAUGAAGGCACUCAACAGCAAGUUCAGCACGCUGCACGGGGUUAGCUCGCUGCUUAACCUCUUUGCUGUUAUCGCUCUCCUCUUCCACGGUCUCUGGAUCAGCAAUGCUGGUACUGGUCUUUAG